AACAUGUUUCAAAGCAGCAGUGAUGUGUGAAACUGCAUGUAUGGGCCAAUCAGCUGCGCCUCACAGACGAGAAAAGAGGAAGCAGGGUUGAGAGCCUGUGUCUGCUUGCUGGCUCUAUAGACUCCGAGUGAGGAAGAACCCGACGUUCUCACACAACAGUCAGACCUGAAGGAUCUUUAACCCACCUUUCUCCUCUCUGUGGCUUAUUAUGGUGCUCAGAAAGGAUUUAAAGCCGCCACCUGUUACAUAUCAUCAAAUUCUUUAGGGAGGUAAUCCCCAACCAGCAGCUCCCUGAACCUAGCCUUGGACUCUCUCUCUCUCUCUUUUCUCGACUCCCCUCCCUCCCUCCCUCCCUCCAUCUCCCUCUCCCUCCCUCACCCCCACAACCUUCCUCUCGCUGGGUGCAAGAGCUCCAGUGUGCGUGAGCUCCAGUUCCCAGCUGGCCUCCCCACUGCACUGCUCCUAUGGCGGACUCUCCUCUCAACAACUCCUGGCCCUCCUUCUCCAAACUCUGGAUGAAGCGAUGGUCCUUCAAGAGAGGAUCUGAGUGCAAACCAUGUAGUCAGUCCUGUGGGUCUCCCAGUGCCCAACUCAGCGUCCAGCCUUCUGCUCCCAGUGGGAACGGAUCUUCCUCCUCACUAUCCCCCGUUUCCAUCGCUGAGGACGUCUUCUUUGAUAACAUGACAACGAAUGACGACCAGGAUGCGUGUUCAGUAGUCAGUGACUACGACUGCCCUGGUGUGGAAGUGGGUGGCAGCGUGGAGGACCUGCUGGGCUUCAGCCCCUCUCUCAGGGCUUCUGAGUACUUCAAAGACUUGGAGGGAGGGAUACCGGCUUCACAGUCAACUGCGUCCACUGUAACCACAGUCCCAGAGAGCAAAACCCUGAUGGUUGACCAACAAGUGUCUCUAAACACAGACCCUCCUGCCAUCAACCUUCCUCUACAGACUUCUCUGACCGCACUCUCCCCUCAGGUCAAUGCACCAUCACCGCCCUACUAUAUACAGCCUGCAGAGGAACCUCUUCACAGCUUUGUGGUCACUCAGCUUAGUCCUAAGUUAUUGCCAGGUUGUCUCAUUGACAGUGGUGUCUCCUCAGACCCUUCAACAGAGCUUAGUUUGACAAUAAAUCUGAAUGGACUGUUGGGUUCAGUGGAAACAGCAAAAGGGAUAACGGGAUCAGAGGCAGUAGAGGAGCAAACCACAAUGGAUUUUGACGGAGAGCCAGAUGAGGACAGCUUUCCUAUCCUGGUCAGAUCCAUGUCAACGUCCCGAAGGCACAGCUGGGGCGUCCCUGUGUCCCCCAUUGACCUGCGGAGGAGACUGAGUCUGGAUACCACGGCCAUGGACAGCGAUGGAGAGAGAGAGGAUGACGAGGAGAGCCAUCAGCAGACCUACAGCUGCACGGCCUGCCCUGAGGAUGAGACGGAUGGUCCCAGGAUGAGGUUCCCCUGUCCCAGAGCCAGGGUCACAAGCAUGGCCGGUGGUGUGCCUGGCAGACAUCUGUAUUCCCGCUCAGAGAUCCUCGCCACAGAUGAAUGUUCCCGAGCUGCACACAUUUCUCGAGUUGUGCAGACAUCCAAACAGGCCGCAAGGGCAGCAGGAGCGGAGGAAUUCGACCCAGAAGAAAACCUACAUUCUACUGAGGGACAGAGCCAUAUAGCAAAGCAGAGGAACAACAGAUCAGAUGUCAAAGAAUCAGGAAAUGUCACUUGGUACGAGUUCCUCUCUAAUGAGAAUGAGGAAGAGGAGGAUCGUACAGAGAAGGUGGAGAAAGGCACCAAGGUGAAGAGGACCCUUAGCUCUUUGAGGAACAGGAUGGCUGGCUCCUUCAAUAAAGAUAAGGGUAAGAACCGAGAAAAAGAGCAGCAGAAAGAGAAGUGGAAGGAGAAGGAGAGGGAAGCCAAAGAGAAAGUAUGCGGCAGCAGCAGGAUGAGCAGUGGGCAUCAUUUGGUGCCAGGCGCUUUUUCCAGCUGUGCCACCUGCUCACUGUGCGGCAAGUCCCUGCAGAAAAAGCAUGGCCUGCAGUGCAUGAAUUGUGCCGUGAACGUUCACAAGAACUGUAAGUCUCUGCUGGGUGACUGCACCAGCAGCAAGAAUAAGAGAGAUUUUCUACCGAAGACCAGCUCAUCAGGAUCUCCUAACCUUGCGCUAAAAGACCGGGACAGAGAGCGGGAUCAGGCAGGCCCUGCCUCAUCACAGACCCUGGAUGGCCACCAAGGUUUUCUCAGCACCCCAGGCAUGACCGUUAGUCAGUGGGGACCUAACACUCAGCUGACUGCCGCCCAUACCACCUACUCCUCUGCAACCCCUACCUCCAGCCUUGGCCACAGCCUCCAUCACCACAACAGCUCAGGAUCCCUCCCUGGGGAGAUGGAUGAGACAGAUGCUCUCCGCUCCAAACGCUGCAAUGAAGACGCCAUUUCCCUCGCUCCCUCCACCACCGAGUCUAUCAUCGUAGAAGAUGCUCACUAUACAGCAGUGCGGGCUGAUCUGGAGUCUGAUGCCCAGGACCUGGAGGCGGAGUCAUGGAGUUUGGCAGUUGACCAGCAGUAUGUUAAGAGGCACUCUAAAGAAAUGGUGAAGAGACAGGAUGUGAUAUAUGAGCUGAUGCAGACGGAGAUGCACCAUGUGCGAACACUGAAGAUAAUGCUUCGUGUCUACGUCCGAGAGCUGAAGGAGAACCUCCAGAUGGACUCGGGCAGGCUGGACUGUCUGUUCCCCCGCUUGGAAAACCUCCUCGAUCUUCACACACAUUUCCUGUCUUGUCUCAAAGAGCGGCGACGAGAAAACCUCAUCUCACCUAGCGACAGGAACUACACCAUCAACAGAGUGGCAGACAUUCUGAUCACGCAGUUCUCAGGUGAAAUCGGAGAGAGGAUGAAGGAAAGCUAUGGAGAUUUCUGCAGUCACCACACUGAGGCUGUCAGCUACUACAAAGAACAGCUGCAAAACAAUAAAAAGUUCCACAACAUCAUACGGAAAAUCAACAACCUGUCCAUUGUGCGGAGGUUAGGAGUGACCGAGUGUAUUCUGUUGGUGACGCAGCGCAUUACCAAGUACCCAGUACUAGUGGAGCGUAUUCUACACAACACUGAAGUGGGAACAGAGGAGCAUGAGGAUCUGACUCGGGCUCUGGGUCUGAUUAAGGACACCAUCAUUAAGGUGGACACGCUGGUUAAUCUCUAUGAGAAGAUGUCCCGACUCAGAGACAUAUACAACAAGGUGGAGCUCAAAGCACUGGGAAAAAUCAAAGAUGGCCGAGUGUUUCGCAGGGAGGACCUGGCACCGAGCAGGAGAUGGCUGCUUCAUGAGGGCACAGUCAACUGGAAAGCUGCAUCUGGCAGACUCAAAGAUAUUCUUGCAGUUCUUCUGUCAGAUGUGUUGCUCUUGUUACAAGAGAAGGACCAGAGAUAUGUAUUUGCCACUGUGGAUAGCAAGCCGUCAGUGAUCUCUCUUCAGAAGCUUAUAGUCAGGGAAGUGGCCCAUGAGGAGAAAGCCAUGUUUCUUAUCUGUGCCUCCUCCAAUGAGCCAGAGAUGUACGAGAUCCACACCACCUCCAAGGAGGAGCGAAACACUUGGAUGACACAAAUACGGCAAGCUGUCGAGAGCUGUCCUCAUACUGAAGAGAGGCUGAUCAGUGAGGAGGAAGAGGCUCGAGCUUCCAGGUUCAAAGAGUUUCAAGAGCGGCUGAGUCAGAAGGAUACAGUAAUUGUGCAAGCUCUUACUGAGAAGCUGCAGCUGUUUGCAGACAUGGCAGAGUCUUUGGCAGGUCUAGAGGACACAGCUUCACGUUCUAGACUUCUGCUUCGAGGAGACGCCUCAGACCUCCAGCAGGGGGAGACCCUGCUCAAAGGAGCUAUCACUGAGGUGGAGAACCUCCAGAACCUGCUGCAGUCCGGAGUGAGGGAGGAGGCUCCAGCCUCUCGACUGGAGGAAGGAAGCGGCUCUGGGGCCUUGCCCAGACGAGCGGAUACUUUUGGGGGCUAUGACAGCAGCCCCACCAUCCUUAGUAAGAAUGGCAGUGUGAGGAAGAACUCUUCUGGCGAGUCCAGAAACAGAGACAGAAGCCAGAGAGCAAGCUCCGACCCUCAGCUCAAAGACCUCUGUGGCAGCCACACCCUGGAGCAGACGGUUGAUGAGAGCUCCUGCUCUCCUGCCAGAUGGAACCGCAUCUGGUCCAACUCCUUCCCCGAGGCUGAGUUCUUUGACAGAGUGGUGAUGCUCUCCCAAAGGCUCUAUAGUCUGCAGGCCAUCAUAUCACAGCAGGACAGUUACAUCGAGCUGCAGCGGGCCUCUUUGACAGAGCGGGCAUCCCUGCCCGGGCGCCACCGAGGGAACGUGCUCCUGGAGCAGGAGAAGCAGCGGACUCUGGCCCUGCAGAGAGAAGAGCUGGCCAGCUUCCACAAGCUGCAGUCUCAGCACCGGCAGGAGCAGCAGCGCUGGGAGAAGGAGAGGGAGAGGCACCGCCAGCAAGUCGAGGCCACUGAGGCCAGGCUCCGACAAAGGGAGGAGGAGUGCAAGCGGCUGGAGGAACAUCUGGCAAAAGAAAAGGAGGAGCUAGACAGGCAGAGGGAGACGUACCAGCAGGACCUGGAGAGACUGAGAGAGUCCACCAGAGCUGUGGAGAAAGAAAAGGAACGCCUGGAACACCAGAAGAAGAUCAAGAGGAAGACCAUUGAGGUGGCUCCUCUGUCUGGCAGUCUGAACGGGGAGCUCCUCAUGUCGUCUGGCCUCACCAGCUCCACCAGCGCCUCCGAUCUGCCCCUGCCUCAGAAGCCCCUAGUGCGCGCCAGCUUGUCUGUAGCGCCAGCCGACUAUCCAGAGCGCCCUGAGGUGAUGUUGCGGCGCGAGACGGGCUCCUCCACCCUGCCACUGAAGACAGAAGUGCCGCUCCAUCUCUUCAGCACCACCAACCAGCAGCACAAACUGGUCGGGGUGCAGCAGCAGAUCCCCACCAAGCUGGCCGCCUUCAGCAGCGGCAAAGGGAAAGGAGGCAAGAGUGGUAAAGCUUCACAUCGCACUGACAGCACAGCCUCAGUGGAUAUGAAGCAGAUGCUGAAGUUGUCUGGCCGAGACGAAAAUGCCCAGAAGGCCAAGCGCUCGAUCAGCCCCCACCAGCAGCUCUCGCUGACAGCCCUGCAUCACCACACGGAUCAACUCAGUCCUCCAGACAGCGCAGGACCAGACAGCCAAACCACCUCCUCGGUCAGCACCUCCCUCCCUGCAAAUAUUCAGAAGCCCCCCAUGCCUCCUGCACAGUCCCAUCCUCAGCCCUCCAUGCAGACUUCCACCAUGCCUCCCCACUCACAGAGCAGCGGAUUUCUCCAGUUCCAGUCCCAUGUGCAGCCGCAGGGCCUCAGUCCAAACGCCCAGGCCCAUGUCCCGGUAAAUCACGGGCUCAGCCACAGUCACAGCCACAGCCACAGCAUGCCGCCUCCGUACAAGAUCCCCACAGAGGACCUCAACAAGGAGGACGUCAUCUUUUUCUAAACUCCAGUUCUGCUGCCCUCAGAUCAAGCACUGAUCACAAAAACGAUAAAAGAAAAACUAUUUUGGGAUGGUUACUGAUCCCCAAUCAACCACAAGGUCCAUUGCAAGGAGCCACUUAUAUGUGAUAAAGUGACGAUGAUCAGUGUGGGCAGGUGUGUUGUUAUUGACUGUUGAGGUCAGGUAGUUAAAAUGUAUGUACAAAGUUGCAGCAGUCUAUUGCAGAGAGCCUUUGUCAGAGCUACAGUGGCUCACAGAAAAAAAUCACAACAUUUUAUUCAAAAAAGAGGACUUUCUUUUAAACGGUUUCUUCUUUUUUUAUUUUUUUUUCUCAACAAGUAUGAAGAGGGAACCUUUGGCAGAACAAAGGUGUCUUGAAACAAGUAUGAAAAGGUUUAAAUGAAGUCACAACAAUCCAAAGACUUUAGCUGCAAGGGCUGAAGGUAAUUUGACUGAAAGGAACAAUGUGAAAGAAAAACGGUUGGGUGCAUUUCAGGAGACUCUGGUCAGGCUGGUUAGUGAAGCAUGUACAAAGUGAAAGGUGCAGCGGCGGAGCCCCGGCCUUAAACCUCUGCUUCUACUGGACCUGGAACCACAAGAAAUGAUUCAACAGAAACUCAGAAGAACUCUUAAUACCCGGACACUCUCUUCUUGAUGUUUCAUUUGCACAGUGUAAAUACUCCAUUCCAGACUUAUGAAUGACCUUUUGUGGACGAAAUGUGUGUUGUUUGGUUGUACAGUUGUGAAGGUUCUUUUAAUUUAGUUCUUCUUGUUCUGCUUAAUCAUGCUUAUUGCAGAUGGCUGACAUUGUGGAUUACAUCUGUAGUGCUGCCAGUGGUUCCGAAACCUGACUUGCAAUUGGUCACCAACCUGUUUUUUCACACUGUUGUUUAAUAUUACUUUGUUUCAAUUAAGGGAUAAUUUGGCUUUUGGCAAGUUGUACUGUUUUUCCAGCCCAAGCAGAGUGGGACAAACUCAGGGAUGCCUUUCUUGUGUCAGUAAUGUCAGUAUAGCUUUCUCUAGGUCUGUUCCUGCAUUUCAUAGAAGCAGCUCUCCUCAAAAACACUGAGGGUUAAAAAUUAAACCGUUUUAUUUAACCCAUUAACAAUAUUUCCCAUUACAGCAUUUUCACAAGUAGGUUCACUUCUUUAAUAGACAUUUGCAACAGAGAUUUGUGUAAAUUUGAGUAUGUACUUUAUUUGAAUUAGUCCUCAACCUUUUAAGUUUAAAGGACAAUGUUUCAGACUUGUAGCUGAGCUGCUAUUGAUCCCAUUACACACCCAGGAAAUUAGCUAAACUUGGCUAAAUUUGGCAUCAUUCAGUUUAUCUUGUAGACAUCCAAAAGGCCUCAAUGAGUUUGUCACACCCUAGGGUACAUUUCCCAAAAACUAUCCCUUUAAGAAACAGCUGUUUGUUAGUAUUUUAGUGGAGCUGUAGUGUACUGUACAAUUCAGGACAUUUAAUGCUGUAUGUUCUUUUAAAGGUAGAAAUUUUAACUGCUUCAUAUUUCUGGACAGAUGCUAAGAAAAUAGAAAAUGUGGGCUUAAAAGAGACCAUAAGUAAUAGUUACAACAGAGAUGAAAUGCACUGAAAAUAUUAAAAUCCAUCAUCACAUCAAUAGAAAAUAGAACAUCAUGAUUUUGCAUUAGCUGCUCCAGUAGAAUAAAGGCCUGUUUGUUAAUCCCAAAGGUAAAUGGCUAAGAUCAUUCAGAUAAGUCGGACAAUGACAACAAGGCCUGAAUGUGCAUAACGGAGCACAGUGUUAACGCAGUUUUAUAUCUUCCACUGUAGUUAUUGUAACGUGGCUUCUGUAUACAUGUACAGAGUUUUCUAGAGCCUCAUAGGACAAAUUAAAGCGAGGAGUGUACAGAAAACUGAAGCAUUUUAAAGUUUAUAGAUUCCCCUGCUCAUUCCGCGUUGGUCCUCAUUUUUCACCCAACUGAGGAAACGAAAAGUUCAUGUGAUUGACAAGUCAUUUUUUUGAAAGCUUGUCUCUGGAGCUCAGUUUGCUGACUUGACAGUUUUGUAAAAUUGCAAAGCCGCUAUAUCUUUGAGUUAAAUAUGAAGAUGUCCGUUUUAAUCGAGGCCCUCAGGUCUCAUUGACGGUGUGUUUUAAUGAUUGCUGAUGACAUUUCAUUAGCUGAGUCUUAAAUCUCUGUGCCUGACAGAAAAGCGGUACUGUGACAGUGCAGUGGUCCUGCAGCAAAAGAAGACUAUCAGCUAUUAUCUGAGAUUUCAGUCUUUAUCUUUCUUCACAGAAGAAAUAUGGGGAUGUCCAUCCCAUUACUUCUCACUGUAUCUACAUGAGAUUCCUUUAAAUCCUGAAGUAGUUGACACAUUGAUGCAUUCUGUGUCUCUGGAGAGGAAAAUAUUAGAAGAGCUUUUUGUCUUUGUCCAAAUAAGCUCGUCUCUGAAGGUGUGAUCACUACCUGGAGUUUGAGCAAGUUUUCUAAGUGUUGAUGUAUAUUAUGUAUAUUGUUGUACAUACCGUACCUGAUCUCUUCUGCACCGACUGCCCUCAUCCUACACAUUCUUGUAUUAGAAACAGAUAGUUGACAUGAAUCAAGAUGCAAAAGUCAGCCAAAAGUCUGUUUGUGUAUAUGUGUAUGUACACUUAAGAUACAAACCCAUGUGUGUAUGUACAGUAUGGUACGCCUUUGCUUGGAUAAACUCGUGGCAGUUUAUGAAACCACAAUCAGUCAUUGCUGUUGUAUAAAUCAACAAAAAUGGAAGGUGUGUAUAUUUAAUCUCCUGAUCUGCAUUGAUGUUGUAGCUUUGAAGUCGAGGUGCAGUGUCUGUCGUAUUUGUCCUACAACUCAUGAGUGAUGUUUCACCAAGAUUAUGUAGCAGUCAUAAAAAACGAAACCAUCUGCUCGUUUCAGUCGGUUAAACCAAAGAGACUUUCGGCUGACUGGGCUCCUGUCUGUGCUCGUGUAUGAAGGAUGAAUAACACUGUGCUGGUUGUGUGGUCGUCCACAAAGUGUUAUUACUUGUAGAAACACCCUCCAGGGAGUGUCCAUAACAAGUGUGUUUACAGCACAUUGUAGUCCAGUUCAUAUCCUGCUUCAGGUCUAAUUUUUGGAUUUCCUGUUUGUUUUGCAGCCUCACAUCCACAAAUCACAAACGUGUCAAACUACACAAACAAUAAACCAUGAAGUCGACAAUAAAUCAAAUAGGUACGCCAGAGUACGGCACAUCCUAACUAUAGUGUCUGAUUUUUUUUCCAUGAUCAGUACAUGGACUCACUUAACUCUGUUGUUGAAUAAAUAUUGGAUUUAUGAACGCCAGCACUUCAUCAUCGCAAAGAACCAUGGGCUGUUAAUGUGCAUGUGAACAUACUUUUGGUGGUUUUCAGUGGGUUGAACCCAAAUUAAAAAAGGCUUUCCAGAUUUUGACACAACAAUCCCAAAUAAAGGUCUACUUACUAGCUUUUUCCCCCAGAGCUUUCACCCAUCUCACACAGUCUUCAGCCAGUGCUUAAAAAUCCCAACAUGAGCGGGAAGUGUUAAAAGUGCUAUUGAUAAUAUCAUGACGGCUUCUAGCUCACAUAUGACAACUGAACAAACUCCAUUCUCGGAUGAAGACCAUAUGAUAUGGUUGAAAGCUGUAGAAGAAGCCAGUAGGUCCACUUUUGAGUUAGCAUUGUUUUUGUAAAACAACUUUUUCCAAGUUAAAUAAUUAACUUUUAUUUACAUGUUUGUUCAUUUUCAUGUAUUUCCCCGUGUCUCUUUUUUAAUUCUGUGAGUGAGAGAUGUUAAACAACAGGAAAAGUGGUGUAAGAGCUCUUUAGUUCUGCUCCAGGUACGAGACUUUUAUCUGUGGAUUAUAAUGGGCCUCGCCAGGAGAGGUGGAUGCUGCCUGUUGCUGUCACUGUUUGGAUCAACUCAAGUCUUAAAUGUUGUUUUGCUGUACUGAACUACUUAACCUUUUUGCUCUGUUUUAAAACUUGGAAGCCAGUCAGUCACAUCACUGUGUGUGUGUGUCUGUGUGUAUCUGAGUGUGGGUUUGUGUCUGUGUGUGUGUGUGUAUGCACUCACCACCAAAAACACAGUGGAAACAUUUCUAACCGAGUUGUUUUCAAUCGUGUUUUUUAUACACACACACGCACACGCACACACUCUCAUACACACACAUUGGACCUGUAAUGUGUAAAUAACCAUGAACAUAUUUUAUUUCCUCUGCCAAUUUUACACUAGUCACUUUGGAUAGUAGCAUACUUGAAGGGGAAAAUGAAUAUUUAUAAUGCUUAUUAUUAUUGUCUGUGAACUUUUAUUUACCAAGAGCUGUCUAAAGACGUUUGUAGCACACAGCAAAACUGAUUUUUGUACUGUUUUAUUUUAUUCACUGCGAGACGUUAGAAUGACAUGUGGACAUGAACUUGCUGCCUUAGAGAGAGUUUAGUAAUAAAAAAAAUGUUGAAAAGA